AGUGGAGCUGACCGUGCAUCCAAUUCGAAUGGCUCGCCUUCGUUACCCCCUCAUGGUGCCUCCAUCCACAAGAUCAAUCAUUAUCUCUAUGGCCUUGCCGCGAUGACCUGCUUCUGAUUCGUGCAUUCCACGCUGAUAAGUAUCGAGGACAAUUUCUUCUGUCAAUGAUGAGCUGAAAUCCAGGUAAACGAUCGAUAAGGGCAUUGUUCCCCAGAUGUACGACUUUGUGCUGCUUUGAUCCCCACCAGUGUUUUCAGAUUCGGCGGUCGCCACAGAAGUGAACCUGCGAUGCUGAUUUUAUAGAUCCCUUUCCUUUCUCCGUGUUUCUGAAGAGCGCAUCAAUCAGGCAUCCUCUCUCGCAAUGGCACCGGGACUUCUUGAGCCAGUGGCGACGGCCGAAAAGGUCGUAUUGCUAUCCUCCUUGACCGAAAGUUAUGAUGAUACGAUCCGCUUCUAUCUCAACGGCACCAAAGUCGAGCUGGAUGCUGUUGACCCAGAGAUAACAUUGCUAGAAUACUUGAGGGGGAUUGGAUUGACUGGUACCAAAUUGGGUUGCGCAGAAGGAGGAUGCGGCGCCUGCACGGUCGUGGUUUCGCAGCGGAACCCGACUACUGGCAAGAUCUAUCAUGCUUCUGUCAAUGCAUGUCUGGCUCCUCUAGUCAGCGUCGAUGGCAAGCAUGUGGUCACGAUCGAGGGUAUCGGAUCCAGCAAAACUCCACACCCCGCGCAGCAACGAAUUGCCAUGGCCAGUGGCAGCCAGUGCGGGUUCUGUACACCUGGCAUAGUCAUGAGUCUAUACGCUCUCUUGAGAAACAACAGCGAAGAGCCAUCGGAAGAGGAGGUUGAGGAGGCCUUUGAUGGCAACUUGUGCCGUUGCACCGGUUACAGACCCAUUCUUGACGCGGCCCAAAGCUUCACCAAGAAAUGUGGCAAAUCAAUCGCUAAUGGCGGUUCUGGCUGCUGCAUGGACAAUGGCGGUUCAUGUAACGGCUCUACGAAUGGUGUCGCUACGAAUGGUGUCGCCGACGGCGAGCCAGAAAAGAAGUUUACCACGCCGUCAUUCAUCCACUACGACAAAUCGACAGAACUGAUAUAUCCUCCUGCCCUCAGGAAGCAUCAAUUCAAGCCCCUCGCAUUUGGCAACAAGAGGAAGAAGUGGUACAGACCAGUCACGCUCGAGCAAUUGCUGGACAUCAAGAAUGCUUUUCCUGGAGUUAAACUCAUCGGCGGCAGCACUGAAACUCAGAUCGAAAUCAAAUUCAAAGCCAUGCAGUACUCGGCGUCAGUCUACGUGGGUGACAUUGCAGAACUUCGCCAGUAUUCUUUUCACGAAGACUAUCUGGAAAUUGGCGGUAAUGUGGCUUUGACGGAUCUCGAAAACAUCUGUGAUGAGGCGGUCAACCAUUACGGACCCGUCAAGUCACAACCUUUCAUAGCCAUCAAGAAAGCUAUCCGGUAUUUCGCGGGCCGACAAAUCAGGAAUGUUGGUACUCCCGCUGGUAACCUUGCAACUGCUUCGCCCAUCUCCGAUCUCAAUCCCGUCUUUGUUGCAACAAACUCGACAAUGAUCGCUAAAUCUCUGACGAAGACUACCGAGAUUCCCAUGUCAACCUUUUUCAAACGCUACAGAGUGACCGCGCUACCAGAAGAUGCUGUUAUUGCAGCAAUGAGAGUCCCUGUUGCGGCUGAAGAGGGAGAAUACAUCAGAACAUAUAAACAAUCAAAGAGAAAAGACGACGACAUUGCUAUUGUCAACGCGUGUCUGCGUGUUGCGCUCGAUGACUCUUACAGGGUCAAAAGUGCUUCCUUGGUCUACGGAGGCAUGGCUCCGAUCACUACACUCGCCAAGAAUGCUUCAGAGUAUAUCGUGGGCAAAGCUUUCGCCGAUCCAAAUACUUUGGAAGGUGUCAUGAAUGCCUUGGAGAAGGACUUCAGCCUGCCAUUCGGUGUCCCUGGUGGAAUGGCAACAUACAGAAAGUCCCUUGCUCUCGGUUUUUUCUAUCGAUAUUAUCAAGAUGUGCUCACGAACAUCGAGGCGGCUAGCAAACAAGCUGACAAGGAAGCUUCUUUGGAGAUAGAACGAGAGAUAUCCCGUGGCCACAAAGACCUUGACGCAUCCGUUGCCUAUGCUCAAAAGGUCCUUGGUAAAGGAAAUCCACAUCUCGCUGCACUGAAGCAAUGUACUGGUGAAGCUCAGUAUACGGACGAUAUUCCCGUGCAGCAACAUGAACUGAUCGGCUGCCUCGUAUUGUCGACGAAAGCCCACGCCAAAAUCAAGGUUGAUGCAACGCCUGCUUUGGACAUGCCCGGGGUUGUAUCUUGGGUCGAUAGGAACGACAUUGACGAGAAUGCAUGGGGCGCCCCUGUUUGUGACGAAGUCUUCUUUGCAGAAGAUGAAGUAUUCACGGCAGGUCAGCCCAUUGGUAUGGUCCUGGCGAAAACGGCACAGCAAGCUUCUGCCGGUGCCCGUGCUGUUCUGGUGCAAUACGAGGAAUUGCCAGCAAUAUUCACAAUUGAAGAGGCUAUUGAGAAGCAGAGUUUCUUUGAGCACUACAGAUACAUCCACAAGGGUGAUGUCGACAAGGCCUUCGAGGAAUGUGAUUAUGUCUUGGAAGGCACUGCAAGAAUGGGCGGCCAAGAGCAUUUCUAUCUGGAGACUAUGGCCUGUCUUGCAAUUCCAAAGCCAGAAGAUGGCGAGAUGGAAGUCUGGUCGAGUACACAGAACCCAACGGAGACACAAGCAUACGUCGCCAAAGCCAUCGGAGUACAGAACAACAAAAUCGUGUCCAAGGUCAAGCGCCUGGGAGGUGGAUUUGGUGGCAAAGAAACUCGGUCGAUUCAGCUUUCCACAAUAUGCGCUGUGGCUGCACGCAAAACAAAGCGUCCAGUAAGAUGCAUGCUGAACAGGGACGAAGAUAUCAUGACAUCAGGCCAGAGGCAUCCUUUCCUGGGGAUCUGGAAGGUGGGUGUCAACAAAGACGGCAAGAUCAAAGCACUCAAAGCCAACGUCUUCAACAACGGCGGAUGGUCACAAGAUCUUUCUGCCGCGGUGGUAGAUCGCGCCCUUUCCCAUAUCGACGGUUGUUACAACAUUCCAAAUGUGGAUGUUGACGGUCGUAUUUGCAAGACCAACACCGUGUCCAACAGCGCGUUCCGUGGCUUUGGUGGGCCUCAAGGCAUGUUCAUCGCAGAAACCUACAUGUCAGAAGUUGCAGACCACCUCAACAUGCCGGUGGAGAAACUCCGCGAGAUCAACUUCUACAAAGACAAUGAGACGACACAUUUCCACCAAGCGCUCGACGACUGGCACGUACCACUCAUGUGGAAGCAGAUCAAACAGUCGUCAGACUACGACGCACGACGCAAAGCGGUCGACGAAUUUAACGCCACCCACAAAUGGCAGAAAAAAGGUCUAGCAUUGAUUCCGACCAAAUUCGGCAUCUCCUUCACAGCGCUGUUCCUCAACCAAGCAGGCGCUCUCGUGCACAUCUACCACGACGGUUCCGUGCUCGUCGCCCACGGCGGCACAGAAAUGGGCCAAGGUCUCCACACCAAGAUCUGCAUGAUCGUCGCCGAAGCGCUGGAAGUGCCCCUGUCGGACGUGCACAUCUCAGAAACCGCUACCAACACUGUCGCCAACACAUCAAGUACCGCGGCGUCCGCUUCUUCGGAUCUCAACGGUUACGCAGCGUACAACGCGUGCGCACAGAUCAAUGAGCGCCUCGCGCCGUACCGGGAGAAACUUGGGAAAGAUGCCACGAUGAAACAACUGGCGCAUGCCGCGUACUUUGACCGUGUGAAUCUCAGUGCAAACGGGUUCUACAAGACGCCCGAGAUAGGAUAUACAUGGGGUCCGAAUCCGCCGGACCCGAGUCUCGAGAACACGGGGAAGAUGUUCUUCUAUUUCACCCAGGGUGUGACUGCGAGCGAGGUGCUCAUCGAUACAUUGACGGGAGACUGGACUUGUUUGAGGACGGAUAUCGAGAUGGAUGUUGGGAGGAGUAUCAACCCGGCCAUUGACUAUGGGCAGAUCGAGGGCGCGUAUGUUCAGGGCCAGGGGUUGUUUACUACGGAGGAGAGUCUGUGGCACCGGGCAAGUGGCCAGAUUUUCACCAGGGGACCGGGCGCGUAUAAAAUCCCGGGCUUCCGCGAUAUUCCGCAGGUGUUCAAUGUGCAGUUGCUCAAGGAUGUCGAGUGGAAGAAUCUGAGGACGAUUCAGCGGAGCAGAGGUGUCGGCGAGCCGCCUUUGUUCAUGGGGAGUGCGGUGUUCUUUGCGAUUCGUGAUGCGUUGAAGGCGGCGCGGAAAGAAUAUGGGGAGGAGAGUGUUCUGAAUUUGAGGUCGCCGGCGACACCUGAACGGAUCAGGAUUUCGUGUGCGGAUCCGAUCCUGAAGCGGUGUCUCGUCGAGCCGAGGGAGGGGGAGAAGAGCUUCUUUGUGUCCAUCUAGUUUGUUCGCAGCCAUGCUACAGUUACUUAUGCACCCCAGUGUAACUAUGAAUGGAGUUGGGAGUUUGUAUGUUAAUUUGAAUUCGGAUAGGGUCA